AUGAUCCGCUUAAAACGAGAGGUUGCCCAAGAGCUAGGUGUAGACCACUCAACAAUCGCCCGCCGUUUGGAAAAAAUUGGAAAGGUGAAAAAGUUGAACAAGUGGCUGCCACAUGAACUAAGCGAGCGUUCCAAAGAAGCCGCCGCUUUGAGAUCAACGCUUCUGGUACGCAACAAGAACGAUCCAUUUCUGGAUCGUAUUGUUACAUGCGAUGAGAAAUGGACCCUUUACGACAACAGGAAGCGUCCUGUUCAAUGGAUGAACAAGGAUGAAGCUUCCAUGCACUUGAAGAAGCUGAAAAUGCCGAAAUGA